AUGGAGAGGAAGGCGGGCGGCGAGGAUGACUGCGUGGACUCGGGAGCCGAGACGGGCGGUAUUUUAGAAACACCUAUGGGUGAAUCUCUUACUUCUUGUGUGCAUGACAUCAGCAUAAAGGUUAGCUUGAGAAAGACCAAAACAAAGUCCAGUGUGGCUGAGUACUCUGUUUCUGCCUUAAGGAUCACCUACAUGUUCACAAAGGUCAAGGAAAUUAGUGAACUUUCGGUGGAAGACAUACAGGACCCGUUCCUCRUCAGUGUCCAUAUCAUCACAGACCCGGGAGAAUCCAAGACUCUCCAGCAAGCCAUCGACAAGCUUCUAGCCUGGAUCCACCCAGACCUCCAGCUGUUCCGCGUCUCGGAGAGGCGAGUGCCGCAAAAGGGCAGGAAGCCGAGCAAGGCUGGGGUUUCCCAGCCAGCCCUUGCCAUCGUUCUGUUCCUGCAGGAGGAGUAUGGAGAAGAGCCCAUUUUGCAGCUCCACGAGUCCUUCCAGCGGCCCCCUUGGCACUACCACCACACAGAGCGGGUGCACGGGAAGCUCCUGCCUUACAUGCCAUGCAGCCAGGACUUCUACACGCUGGCCCCGGGCACUCCUCUGUGGGCCAUUCGCCCAGUGCAUUAUGGAAAAGAAAUUAUCCGCUUCACUAUAUACUGCAGGAGUGAAAACUUUGUUGACAUUUUGAAAUUGUACGAGCUAAUCCUGAAAAGACCAGCAUGUCAGAAAAAAACAGACUUUUGUGUUUUCCCAAUCUAUUCUAACGUGGACAUUGACAUUCAGUUCUCCUUAAAAAAACUCCCCAAGGGCCAGAUUCCAGCCCCAGCCGAGUCAGCAGUGCUGGAGUUCCGAGUGAAAGAUGUUGGACAGCUUGUGCCUCUCUUGCCCAACUCCUGCAGCCCCAUCAGUGAAGGCAGGUGGCAAACUGAAGACCACGAUGGGAACAGGAUACUUCUGCAGGGACUGGGAUACUUGCCAGCAAGAUUGAUCCGUGCUCUUAACCCAUUUUGCAAAUGCAAUUAUCGAGGGGCUUAG